GGCUGAAGAAAGGUUUGUGUUUUUAAGCAUUUAAAUCGGUACAACACGUUUAGGAAAUUGUUGUGGUUUUUAAAAUGAAUUCAGCGUUAUUGAAGGACAGGUUGUCCAAUCACCCAGAAAAACUCCUGGUGAAUCAACUGAGAUCUACGUGACACUAUUAUAAAGAUGGCGUUUAUUAAAGAGGAGAGUGAAGACAUGAAGAUUGAAGAAACAUUCAGAGUGAAACAAGAAGAUACUGAGGAACAAACAGAUCGGAUGGCACUGAAAGAUGAGAAUGAAUUACUAGAUGAAAUGGAAAAGAAAGAUCAGUAUGAAAAACAUGAUUUCAUAAGUGGAAAAAAAUCAUUUAGUAACUCAGAGACUGAGAAUACUUCCUCUCAAAAAGGAUCUCAAAAGACUGGAACUACACGCUAUUUUACCUGCCAACAGUGUGGAAAGAGUUUCAAUCAACAUGGAAGUCUUACUGUCCACAUAAGAAUUCACACAGGAGAAAAGCCUUUCACAUGCAAACACUGUGGAAACCGUUUCAAUCAACGUCGAAACCUUAUAGUCCACAUGAGAGUUCACAAUGGAGAGAAGCCUUACACCUGCCAACAGUGUGGAAGGAGUUUCACUCAGCUUGGAAACUUUAAAGUCCACAUGAGAGUUCACAAUGGAGAGAAGCCUUACACCUGCCAACAGUGUGGAAAGAGUUUCACUCAGAAAGGAAGCCUUAAAAAGCACAUGAGCAUUCACACCGGAGAAAAGCCGUACACUUGCCAACAGUGUGGAAAAGGUUUCACUCAGCAAGGAAGCUUUAACAGGCACAUAAGAGUUCACACUGGAGAAAAACCUUACACAUGCCCUCAGUGUGGAAAGAGUUUCAGUCAAAAAGGACACCUUAAAGACCACAUUAGCAUUCACAUUGAUGCAAGCUCCUUCACCUGCAAACAGUGUGGAAAACGUUUUAACAGAAAAAACAACCUUGAAGUCCACAUGAGCAUUCACACUGAAAAUAGCUCUUUUACCUGCCAACAGUGUGGAAAAAGUUUUAACAGGAAAAAAUACCUUAAUUCCCACAUGAAAAUUCACACUGGAGAGAAGCCUUACUUGUGCCCUCAAUGUGGAAUAAGCUUCAACCAAGCAGGAAACCUUAACAGGCACAUGAGAAUUCACACUGGAGAGAGCCCUUUCACUUGCAAACAGUGUGGAAAAUGUUUCACUGGAAAAGGAAGCUUUGAAAGGCACACAAGAGUUCAUACUGGAGAGAAGCCUUACACAUGCCCUCAAUGUGGAAAGAGUUUUACACAUAAACCAACUCUUAAUAUCCACAUGAGAAUUCACACCGGAGAGAAGCCUCACACCUGCAAUCUGUGUGGAAAGAGUUUCACUGAUAAAGGAAACCUCAAAGUGCACAUGAGAAUUCACACUGGAGAGAGCUGUUUCACCUGCCAAAAGUGUGGACAGAGUUUCACUCAAAAAGGAAACCUUAAAAAACACAUGAGGAUUCACACCAAAGAGAAGCCUUACACCUGCAAACUGUGUGGAAAGAGCUUCACAGCAGCACUAAACCUGAAACGACAUUUGCAAACUCACUCUGGAAAGAAACUGCGGAGUUCUGAAUGUAGUAAGAGGUUUAGAAAAGGGAGAAAUUUCAAAAAUCACGCAUCUAUUCACUCUGGAGGCAGGCCGUUUAAUUGCGAUCAGUGUAAUAAAAGAUUUCUUUUGCCUUUACACUUACAGAUACACUUAAAAAGUCAUGCAGAUGUGAAACCACAUUCUUGUUCUUUGUGUGGAAAGAGUUUCAAAUGGCUCAGCAAUUUAAAAUGGCACCAGAAAAUACUCAUCUGUGUAAAAUCGAGGCUGCAUUCACACCGCAGCUGAAUGUGGGCCAAAUCUGAACAUUCCUAUUAAAGUGUGAGAAUUAAUUUGAAGCAAGAUAUUUUACAUCAUAACUUGUUAAAUAUGGAUUUUUUUUUUUUUUUACUCGAACGCAAUGCUUCAUUUCAAUGUUGCGAUACUGACAAAGAUACUCUUUAUUUCUGUAUUCACUUAAGCACUUUCAAGAGUCCAGUUCUCGAAAGUGCUUAUCUGAAUACAGAAAUAAAAAGUAUCUUUGUCAGUAUCGCAUUUUUUUUUCUCCUUCUUUCACUCUUUGUGACAAGAUGUAAAAGUUUUCCUGUGUUAUAGUUUAUUGACUGGUUAUCUGUUGAUUAUUUGCAACAAUAUAAUUGGAAACUGAACAAAAAACUUUGUUGUGCAUUUAUUGUUGGUGUAAAGAGAAAAAUAUUUUGUAUGUACCGGUGGGUUUUAGAGCUGUCUGGGGGUUUUGACCAGUGCCUCACCCCAAACACCAAACAUUUUAAUUUAGGUCAGUUUGUUUAAUUUGAUUUAAAUUCUUAUUUCUGGGUGUUGCCACCGUUGCACUAUAAAGGCGUGAUAAAAUGCAUGAAAGCAGCAUGACCAUCUGGGCAACUC